UGCUCUGGUAAUUGACGUCACUUCCUUUAUCCGCUACAGUCAUUCUGCAAACGAAAAACUACUGCAUUCUUCACGCGUAUAUUCGGCACUUUUUGUUAAAUGGUAUAGCGUUUGCGUGCCGAUUGUGGAAAAGGGGAGACUUUCAUGAAAUGGGAAGGACUUUGUACAUUUAGUGUCGUUUUCUCCGUUUCCUGGUCAGUGUACCCCUUCGAUGUGUUGCAGUUUUCAAGCCAGUACAGUAGUCGGCGAAGCUUUGUAUUCAUCCGGGACCACAUUGGUUGGAAGUAUUAAAAAGCGGGACGCUUCAUAGAAAACUCUUUCGACAAAUUAAACUAGUGGAAAUGCAGCAAUCGGAGAAUGUCUGUGAAGAGGACGGGACAGCGGUGGAUGUUCAGUUUAAUGCUUUACAAAACGCCCUUGUUGCAUACAAAGUGUCCGAGGAUUUAUUUGACGACGGACGUCUCAAGGCCAGCUUUGAGGCUUUAUUCCGUUCCUUUGACCCAAAAGCUCAGUUCCAGUACUUCAAGUCCUUCCGCCGGGUCAGGAUUAAUUUCAGUGACUCGCUGGCUGCGGCAGAGGCGAGACUGCGGCUGCACAAAACUGAUUUCAAUGGCAAAGAGAUGCGCCUCUACUUUGCCCAGUCUGUCCAUAUUGGGAGUCCCAGACUUGAGCCUCCAAAGCCAGAGAAACAGUUUCUCAUCUCGCCCCCUGCCUCGCCUCCAGUGGGCUGGGAGCAGUCUCAGGAUGCCAUGCCUGUUGUCAACUACGAUCUGCUUUGUGCCAUCUCGAAACUAGGACCAGGUGACAAAUACGAGCUCCACACAGCCACGCCCACCACUCCCAGCGUCGUCGUCCACGUUUGCAAAGAAGAGCUCGGUGACAGCAACCCGGACGACUUGGCGCGGCCCGCACGGCCCAAGAUCGUCCAGACGCGCCGCCCCGACUACACACACAGUGUCGAGCAGUUAGCAGCACUGGAGUGAAAGCUGUUUUUUUUUUUAACAUCCCCGUGAUGUAUUUGAUACAGCGUAGAUGAUGGGCUCUCUGAGGUUUGCUCUCGGAAUUUGGGAAGGUACCUACCUUGGACGUGCUGCAUUGUCCUGUUGGGAAGGAGAAGAACUUAGAGUCAGGUGCUGUAUUUGUGUCCUUUGGCAAAGAUUGGAACUAUUUGGGUGGAAAGUUUAGGUGUGUAACUUCCCACUGUUUUGAGGUUUUGGGAUGAUGGAAUACAAGUUUUGAAGUGUGUAAAAUAUUAUCUUCAUGCUUCAUAUUAUGGUUGGAUACCCACUUCAUGGAUUUGUUAGAUGUGCUAUUAUAACGUGCAUAAGAGAAGAUUGUAACCGAUAAAAGAUUCCCAUGCAGCAUCAUUUCAAGCAUCACUCGAGUUUUGUUGGGGGGAAAAAAUGGCUUCUCAAUAAAAUAAAGCUACGCAUUUACAUACCACUAAAUGUGAGAUUUAAGUGGUGGUAAAUUAAGAGGGUCUGUGUGACAUAUCUUCGCUAUUGUAACUGUUUUGUGUAGUUUGUGUGUUCAGUGUGGACUGCUUUACAUUUGAAAACUGCUCUGAAAUGAGUGUAAUAUUCACUGUUCUUGUUGUCAUUUCUACUUUAAUUGGGGGAAGGAAAGUUUUUGUAGGUGGGGUUGGAAUUGUUCAACUUGUCCUGAGGUUCAUUAAUUUAUCAAACUGUCCAUGUCUGACAGACCCAUUAAGGCCUUUUUCAUCCAUGGUUUGUGGUAACAUGGUGGUUUGACCAACUCCAAACAUCCCCUACAAAAAAAAAAAUAAAAAGUUAAAACUUGCCCACCA